AUGAGUGACGAGACCAGUGCUGAAGGUCUCGGUUGUGUCGAUGCGCACGAAGUAAGGACUCAAGACAUUGAGUGUGAAAUGAGAUGUGACAUGAAGUCUGACAUGAAGUCUGAUCCAAAACCCGGAGAAUUCAUAUUAAGGACACUCUUCGCAGAGUUCGCCAAAGAGUCCCAAAAGAAGAUCGAUUUAAUCCUUUGCGACGAUUCCUUGGAAAAGCCGCUCUCGAAGUCACUCCAGAGGGGCGAAGACCCCGUAUUCGACCAGUUGUUAACAGCUUUCGGAUCAGUUGCCGAACACUGUCUGCCAUCGCUUUUGCGGACAUUGUUUGCGUGGUAUGACAGACAACUGGAGGACAGACAGCUGACGACCUCCCAGUCCUCGCAGACCAGUGACCACAAGAGUGUCAAAUCGCUGUCUGACUCGCAGUCGAAGGCGACGGCAAAGAAUCUAACGAACAGUGAAAGCAUCGAAAGGGCGGAACAGUUCUUCCUCCUCGAGAAGAGGGAUUUGGCCGUUGAGUUCAUCUUCUGUUUGGUUUUGAUCGAAGUGUUGAAACAGUUGUCAUUACAUCCCGGAUAUGAAGAGCUCACGAAUCACAUCGAAGUGUUGGCUUUCAAGCACUUCCGGUUCCGCGAAGAGGCGCAGAACGACCCGAAUCUGCAGAACAUUAAUAUGAUUGCAGAUCUCUAUGCGGAAGUGAUUGGAGUGUUGACUCACUCGCGCUUCCAAUCCGUCCGCAAGAGGUUUAUGAAUGAGUUUAAAGAGUUGCGGAACAAAGAGCCCAAUCCUAUCACCACUCAUAGUAUUAUCAGUCUAUUAAUGGGAAUGAAGUUCUUUCGCAUCAAAAUGGUUCCGAUCGAGGAGUUUGAGGCCUCGUUUCAGUUUAUGCACGAAUGCGCCCAAUAUUUCCUCGAAGUCAAAGACAAGGACAUAAAGCACGCGUUGGCCGGACUGUUCGUCGAGAUCCUGGUGCCAGUGGCCGCCACUGUCAAGAAUGAAGUGAACGUCCCGUGCCUUAAGAACUUCGUUGAGAUGUUAUAUCCGCCGACUUUGGACUUAUGCACCAAAAAGAAACACAGUUUAGCGCUCUUCCCACUCGUCACUUGUCUCCUGUGUGUCAGUCAAAAGACAUUUUUCCUCAUGAAUUGGCACUACUUUCUGGCGAUGUGUUUACAACACCUCAAGAAUAGAGACCCGAAGAUGUGUAGAGUAGCUUUGGAAUCGUUGUAUCGAUUGUUAUGGGUUUACAUGAUUCGCAUCAAAUGCGAGAGCAAUACCGCCACUCAGAGCCGACUCCACAGUAUUGUCAACUCCCUGUUCCCCAAGGGAUCCAAAGCUGUUGUGCCCAGAGAUACACCGCUUAAUAUUUUUGUCAAAAUUAUUCAAUUCAUAGCUCAGGAAAGACUUGACUUUGCGAUGAAAGAGAUAGUCUUUGAUUUGCUAUCAGUCGGCCGAUCCAUUAAAAUCAUUUUGACGCCCGAAAGGAUGUCCAUUGGUUUGCGAUCUUUUCUGGUGGUCGCCGAUAGUCUCCAACAAAAAGACGGGGAGCCACCGAUGCCCAGAACAGUGGGUGUCCUUCCAUCUGGUAAUACAUUGCGCGUAAAGAAGACAUUCCUAAACAAAAUGCUUACCGAAGAGAUGGCAAGAACUAUAGGAAUGAAUCACUAUUACCCAUAUGUCAGGAAAACAUUGAGUGAUAUUCUGCGAGCCCUUGAUGUCCAGUUCGGUCGUCCCUUAAUGAUGACAACUGUCCAAAAUAUGAACAAAGAACCCGAUGAUAUGAUAACGGGAGAGCGUAAACCCAAAAUUGAUUUAUUCCGUACGUGUGUCGCAGCGGUUCCGCGCCUUAUCCCCGACGGUAUGUCUAAACAAGAUUUAGUGGACCUUUUGGCCAGACUUACGGUACAUAUGGAUGAAGAGAUGAAAGGUUUGGCUUUUCAAUCGCUGCAGAAUAUGAUCGUAGACUUCCCCGACUGGCGCGAGGAUGUCAUCGAAGGGUUUAUUCACUUUCUCUUACAUGAGAUCAAUGACUCGUUUCCCACUUUAAUCGACAAUUCGUUGAGAAUGUUAUUACAACUGUUGACGAGUUGGAAGCACGCGCUUCAGACCACUAAUAAUAAUAAUGGUAAUCAUAGUAAAGACCAAAACUGUUCGGAACCGGGUGUUGGUGUUGGUGUGGGUGUGGGUCCCACCAAAAACGAACACUUGUCUAAUGUAUUGCAUAACGUCGAGGCACUGGCAUUAGUGAUGCUCUGUUAUUGUCGUCAACCCGUUCGUCGAAUUGCUGCACAUAUUCUCAAAGAGAUUAAAAUAUUAUUAAAAUUAUUAUUUGUGAGCAAAGAAUGUGAUGAAGCGGUCGCUUCAGUGAUGGACAGAAUGUGCCCACAAGUGGUCGAAUUAUGCUUUCCUUAUCUGCCAUCCAGUGAGAAGUCAAGUAUAAUUACGGUGUCAAUGAAUGUGGACCUCCAUUGGUUGGCCGAACGGAGUGGAAGUGCUUGGGUUUCGGGACAGAAUGAAGUGGACAACGAGUCAAACAAUAAGGUGGACAACAGUGACACACAAAUUGAUUCGGAAUCCAAGAUGAAUGCCUGGUCGGUGUGUUUCAUGGCAUUAAUCGACGAAGUGAUCAAAUGUUGUCCAUCUGUUGUAUCUCUCUCGUGGCCAUUGAUAUGCCAUCGUUUAAAUACACUGUUCACACACUUAGAUCCGAAUCCCGUCAGUGACAACAGGGCCACAGCUUUGUUAAGAGGAACCACUUCUACAGUGAAAAAGUCUUCGACAGAACGCGACUUUUAUUUAGAGCUUUGGAAAAACUAUUUGAUGUACGCGUGCCGUAUCGCACCGGCAAACCUUACCAAUUGUUUGGCUACUAUUCGAUACAUACCACACGAGAGCUGUGCCUCUCCGGACAGUCUGUCAUCUGAGAGAUCAGUAGAAAACAGAUCUCCAAUGAACAGAGGAGUGAGCGCUCAAAGCCUUUUCAAACAAAUUAUUCCACUUUUGCGGAGCGAACAAAACGAUUUAAGAAAUGCUGUCGCUUUGGGUGUCUCUCAUGUCAACCAAUUUGUGUUUAAAGAACUCAUGGAAGAACUCGUGCCGUAUAUUAGAGAAGCUUUCGAUCGAAAACAAGAGAAUCUAAGGCGUCGUAAGAGACGAGAGAUGUUGAGGAUUCAAAUCGGAAGACUUCUGAAACUGAUUUCUGACCGAAAUAUUCUGGGUUUAAGCCAAUGUGUGAUAGAUCGUGACGCCGGCACUCUUAGCAAUACAUUCGUUGAGUACAUCGAUGGCGCCCGACUCUACUUAGAGUCUGAAACUGAUAAGGACUCCAAUUCACUCGUUCAUGACAUCAAACACUCUUUCUGUUCAUUUAUUUACCGAUUAAUCAAAAGCUUUCCGAUUGAGAAUCGAUCGAAUCUAUUAAGCCGUGAAUUGAGAAGAAAUCUGUUUUAUUUGUUCGCCUCUUGGAGUGGAGAUUAUGGUAAUCAUGUGUUCAUCAAUUAUAAGCAACACAAUUACAACGACCCUCUGAAGCCAAUCAGUGAAUUGGAAUACCUGUCCCUCUCAGCGAUGUCAUCGGUGUUGUGUUGCGGCUCUAUCUUCGACCCCCAGUGUCUCUUCGAUGAGAGCAAUCUCUAUGUAUGGCUCAACCAUUUGCUGAGUGAAAGACAAGAGAAAGUGACAGAACUUGCGUUGGAGACUAUAGUCCUUCUGCUGGAGUAUAACACAGACGUGGGUUCUCUGUUGGACUGGUUGGUCGACUCGUGCUAUACUAAGGAUACCAACGUUUCCGACGGUUGUUUCAAAGCAAUCGCUACGAUAUUCUCUGCCCGUGAGUACCCGUGCGAUCAUUAUAUUGCUAUAAUAAAUGCGACUCUAAUGAACAUCGGGUGCCCGCGAGCCCCUAUACAUCAGCUCGCUUUGCAUUUGUUACAAAUUCUGGACAAUCGCUUCUUUGGGUCUAAAACUAAUGAUAUAUUGAGUGAAGAAUAUCGACACAUGAAUAACGACGAUAAGGAAUGUCUCGAAGAAAAUGUAGUGAUCAAUGAAUAUGAUUUUGAUAAUCCAUUUUCAGACGUUUCUGAAAUUCAUUUGAGAAGAAAGCCUACAAAAUAUGUGAACAGUUAUGAACCGUUACUUUCAAAUGUCUACCCGUGCUCUCAGUUAGAGAUUUCUCGACGUAUGGCUCACUUCCAUCCACAACUAUCAAUGCCUGUCUUUUCUGAGAUUACAUACCGGUUCCAAACAGCUAAACCAACGGUUUGCCAGAACCUUUUGCAAUACUUGAUUCCAUGGCUUUAUAACAUAGAACUGGUCGACCCUAACAUAACACCAUUGCAAAACCCAUUCACCGCUUAUUCGGAAUCAAAUGAUUUAAAUAUAGACAACGAGUUCGCCAAAGAGGGCUGGGGUUCAGCGGAAGCGUCGGAAAUGGUAUUAAACAACUUAUUCUACAUUACUGUGAAAUUUGGCGAUAACUAUCCCAAAGAGAUAGAGGAUGUGUGGUCUGCUUUGUGUGCCUAUUGGCCCAACAAUUUGCGAAUCAUAAUCAGAUACCUGUUUAUAUUGACGGGUUUGGCUAAUGAUUUGCUGCCAUCAGCCAAACGAGUUGUCAUCUAUUUGUCGCAUUCAAAAGCUGAGCGUCUAAUCGACGAAUUAAUGUCUGAAUUACAAACCGUUGAAUCUUUAAAUUGUUUGACUGAACGCACAGAAGCGCCGCCUUUUUUCCGUAUAACAAGUAUUAGGAAAGGGAGCGGACAUUCAGAGGAUGGCUGUGUGAACGGUGGCUCUAAUGGCAACUCUGACGGCGGAAACUCCAAUCUCAUAACAUUCAGCGAAUCGGGAACUCUUCACACCAAAAGACAUAGCGCUGCCGAAGGAAUUAAUGAACGCUAUUGUUGUUAUGAUAAUUGUCUCUCUAUUAAAGACAAUUUGAAUAAAUUGGACAUUUGCUGCAGAAAUGAGGACCAAUUUAUUGGCGAUCAUUUCACGGCGAGUCGCUUCCAGAAACCAAUGACACCGCAGCCGAGACCUCUGCCAAUGCCGGAGUUUGGCGGUUAUUACGCGCCGUUGACUGAGUUCCUGCCCACUACUGGACAGCCUGUGGUAGGCUUUCAUCGCUGCAAUUUGGCACUUAUGCUGCUUUCAGAUCUGGUCAUUGAUGGCAUAGCGUUAGACUGGACGCCACACAUCCCACUCAUGCUUCACAUUAUAUUUCUCGGCUUAGAUCACAACCGAUCUUUAGUUCACGAACACUGCAAACAAUUACUGCUAAACUUAUUAAUAGUUAUGACUCGACAUAACGAUCACUUGAAUGUGGCCAGAAUUUUACUCAACACACGGACGCAACAGUUAGGCUAUGGGUUAACCAUUGCCACCAACACCGCCAAUCCAAUGCCCAACUUCAUAGACCCCCCAAAUGCUAAGACUUUUAAUUCCAACUCAAACGGUAGUUCCCGUCAAAGCAGUUUAGGGCGCAAUAAAAAUCGAUCCGUUUUCUCGGGUUUAUUGCUACCAAAGGACAAGAAUCAGGUGAAACCAACUGAAGACUCGAAUGAAAAGGAAUCGGAAACAACAGAAGAGAUUACUGUUGGAGACACUAAAUCGCUUCACUCUCUCGAAACGCUUAUCAAAUGUUUGAUUGAAUUUAUUUCAUCGAAAAGAGGAGUUCCGCUUUGGAAUUAUGAGGACAUCACUGCCAAAGUGUGGUCAAUACGAUCUGCGGAUCAAUUGUCGCAUUUUAUUGAACACAUCUUAUAUGUAUUCAAAGAGUCUCUGCCGUCCGCUAAGAUCGAAGAGCGUUGGUCUGAGAUAUCGCUUCAGUUGGCGCUCUCGUGUUCGUCCCGUCACUACGCGGGCCGUUCUCUUCAGAUAUUCCGUGCACUGAGAAUGCCUUUGAAUUCCCGGAUGUUGUCUGACAUACUGUCCCGUUUAGUGGAGACUGUGUCGGAACAGGGGGAGGACAUGCAGGGCUACGUCACGGAACUUAUGCUUACUUUAGAAGCAGCCGUUGAUUCACUUGAUUCCGAUCCCCGACUCUUCGGAGAACUCGUUCGAGAGUUUUUCAAAUCGACACCAAAUUUGAAUACUAAAGACAACGCCAAGAGACAGAGUGCACCGGUGGGCACGACUUGCACUUCCAUCAGUAGUUCGUCUACCGUUGUCUCAAAUAGUUUGCCGACUUGUGUCUCAUCCGUGCCUUUAAUGCGACACCAAAUGUCAACUCACAUGAGAAGCACUUCUUAUUCUGUCUCAUAUCCCACGAGAAAAGUGAUGACAGAAUCGACUCAUUCUGAGGUGAAAGAAAUGCGGAGCAGAACUAAUACAGACUCAGACACUCUUCGGAGUUCAGUCGGUGUUAACAACACAUCAUUGGGUCGAUCGAGAAGUGCUCAGUCAUUGAAGACAUUAGAAGAGCAGCAAUACAUGACUAUUGAGGACAAGACCUCACUGUUGGCCCAAUUCUUUUGGAUAGCAGUCGUAAUGCUUGAAACCGAUUACGAACACGAAUUCCUUCUGGCAUUACGUCUGUUCGACAAACUUCUCUUCAAAUUGGGUUUAGAUAAAAGUGAUUCUCAAGAAAAGGUUGAAAAGAUAUUUAUGCAAAUGAAGUGGAAUCAGUUCCCCGGCGUUCACUCCUUACUGUUGAAGGGCUGUACGUCUCCGAUCACAUACGAGCCCACAAUGAAUUUGUUGCACAAAAUGACUCCUUUGCUUGAAGUCAAUGUUAUCGAUCCGUCAGAAUCGGCCAAUUCUUUCCCCUAUCAUAUUAUGUCUCAAUUGCCUUAUCUUCUGCUCAAUUAUGACGAACCAAACUCUCUCUGCACUCAAGCGGCCGAAAACAUAGCCCUUUGGUGUACAGAAAAAUCGAAAAAACUCGACAAUUUGGCGACUGUUAUGAUGCUAUACAGCAGGAGAUCAUUCAGCAAAGAGAACCUUCAGUGGACUAAAUGUGUUGUCAAAUACUUAUACGACGCCUAUUCGCACACUUUUCUCAAUUUAGUCUCUUUUCUUGUUGAGGUGGCGGAAAAGGGUCCGCCAAUUCUGUUGACACACAUUCUGUCAAUACUUCACUGUAUGCUUCAUUACAUUGACUUGAGUUCAAACACUACCAUAAACAGUGACAUAUCGAAAGUUGCCACCAAAUACAUAGAGGGCUCGCAAUGGAAAGAUGCUCUCAAAAUACUGAAACUCGUGGUCACCCGUUCCUCCACUUUAGCCACUCCUCCCGUUUAUAACAUAGGCUCCACUUAUUUCAACAGUUUUCCUCAAAGUGGCUCUUAUUCUGUGGACUGCAUUAGUAUCGCUUCGGGAACUUCUUUUGCCGACUCGGAGUUCAGUUCAAAGCGAGAACUUCCCGGACGGACAAUGGACUUCACGUUCGACUUAAACCAAACUCCAAUCGUUGGCCGAAAAUAUCUCAUUAAGAAUAAUGAGUCCAAAUUGGAGGCCAGUUCUGAAACUAGUGGUGAAGUGAGUCAUGAAAAGGCGCCGUUGGAUGACAAGGAAGUGAUGACAUCGUCUCCGCGUCGGAGUCUCUCUCACAACCACUCAUUCAAUGAGAACAGCAAUAACUGGCGCCGUCCGUGGCUCUCACAGUCGCGUAUAAGGGAACGACUCAUUGGUUUACUGACCAGUUGUGGACAACGCGUCGGAUUGCCUAAGAGUCCGUCCGUUAUAUUUAGUCAAAACAGUGAUGUCGUCGAUCGCAAGUCAUCGAUGGCCAGCAGUACCGAAGAGAUAUCGGCCACAAAUAAUGACGCCUCGGGUGACAGCAAACUAGAGGACGCAACUCACGGAGAGUUUGCUUUGUUUAAAGACUUUGAUUUUCUGGAGUAUGAACUCGAGAGCCAAGAGGGCGAGAGUUUGGAUAAUUUCAAUUGGGGUGUCAGACGGCGCUCUCUCACUAGUUUGGACACAACGGACGGUGACGUCAAAAUGAAUAGUCCGCUCAGAGCUGUCGGUUCCAUAUCUAGUCUACGAAAAGAUGAGUUAUCAUCGGAUGAAGAGGCAGAGAGUGGUUCACCUCUAUAUGACAUCUCAUCCGAUAUGACACUACAAUCUGGUUCUAUGUUUCUGCCAAACGCUUUGCCACUUCUCGACUCUGAUAGACACCGACCGGCGAGUAAUCUGUCGCGCAGUUCGUCACACAGUUUGGGCAGUGAGGGAGACCUCACUCUCAGCAAUACUUCCGCCUCUAAUAGUAUAUCUCCGCACGUCAUCCAAAGUCAAUGUCUCUCAACUGAUAUCGAAGAUCAAUGGAAUUCACACUUCAGUCUUGUAAUGAAUGACACUUCUGGUAACGUUUCCUCACAGACCUAUCAAUUGCUUUCUCGUAUUUUUAACGAGACCUUCAAAAAAGUCAUUCAUUUGACUCGCGAGUCAUGUGAACUGUUACCACAUUCUUCCGAACAGUUUCGAGCCAUUACUUCACGUUUCCUUAAUUUAUUGGAUAUAAUUGGCUCUCAAAUCGAGUUUCCAUUUGUUUUCGUCGAUUCAUCCCUUUUCAUAGCAAUCCCGCAACUCUUGGAAAGACAUCGUUUGGGAGUACUUGAAGUGCAGGAGCACUGGGAGACCUUCAAUGAAAAGAAGGACCAUCUGCUCGAAUGUCUCGAUACUAUCAGGAGUUGCCAGAAGUUGGAAGCGAUCGCUGAAUCCAAUGUGGUUGACAUUAGAACUGAUUUGUGUAAAUGUUUAUACAAAAUGCAUUUCCAACUAAUGCUUCUCAUUGAGAGUUAUUUGAAAUUAAUAUCUCUGUUGAGGUCUAACACCAGUCAGUGCUCUGUAUUUUUGGUCUCGAAUUUAUCCCAAGAAGUGACUGCAGUUAAGAGUGAUUUAAUGAAAUCAGUCGAAGACACAGAAAGCGAUCGUCAGUCGACUUCGUCUUCACCGCAACCGGAAUCGAGUCCUUCAUUAGAUCACAACGCCUUAAGUGACUUUGAGACACAUUUGCGAGAAUUAGUCGUUUCUCACCAAUUCGUUAAAGCAAUUAAAGUUUUGCACCAAAUUAGGGCUCAAUUUCCAGGUUUCUCUUGUUUUGGGAUCAAUGAAGACGACGACAUAAAUAUAGUUCUAUCCGUUUAUUGCAAUAUAUUAUGCGAAUCGAGAACUUAUUAUUUGGUGAUAACAGAGCCCGAACACAAUCCCGCAGAAAUCACCCGUCAACUCAUGGACACCAGUCUCCAGUUGUCGUCGACUCUCCAUUCACUAGAUUUGGAUAACCAUUCGCUCACUAAUUAGAUCCAAGUGUUGCCUAUAUUUUGCUUCACUUAUUUGCAUGAUUUUUAUUACCGU